AUGAGCAAUCUUAGAUUUGUAGAUGACAUAGUACUAGCAGCUGAUGGACAGCAAGAUCCAAACGAAAUGUUGAGUCGAGUACAUGAGGCAGGGAAAAAGAGGUUGCUCAGUUUGAAAGUGAAAAAGACAAAGUGCAUGAAAAUGGGUGAAUCAGAUAUUGCAGUCUCAGUAGAUGGACAAGAUGUAGAACACCUAGAGAGCUUCAAAUACUUGGGUUCAGUUAAGAAAAAUGACGGUGAUGCAUUCCAGUGCUUUGAGUUAUCUCUCCAACAUUCCUUCCUGUUUGUCGUCAUGGUGCCAGCAAAGCAGCUCUGCUAUAAAAGAACGUCUGCUCCGGGGUCCACGGCCAAGACGACAAAGGGAUUUACAACCUUCUGCACCACCACAAGCAGAGAGGAGAGGAAAUUCUGCUGCAACCCAAGAAAAAUUAACCAGCUCAAGAUGGGGAUGCCCUACCCAGCACAGACAGCCUUUUUAGCCUUCUUCAUUUCAGCACAGAUAUUUACACAGGUCUGGUCCCAGGUGUGCCCUCUGAGGUGCAACUGCCCCAAGGAAACCCCCAUAUGUGCACCUCAGGUCCCCCUGAUCCUAGAUGACUGCGCCUGCUGCCUGGUGUGUGCCCGUCAAAAGGGCCAGGUCUGCUCUCAUACAAACCCAUGUGACACGCGUAAAGGCCUGCAGUGUGACUACGCAGCUGACGUUCACAAGAGGACUGGUAUCUGUGUUGCGCUAGAAGGAGAAGUGUGCGUUUUAGACGGUUCUGUCUACCAGAACGGCCAGUCGUUCUUUCCCAGCUGUAAGUACCAGUGUAUAUGCCGCAACGGGCAGAUUGCCUGCGUGCCGCGCUGCAACCUGGAUGUAAUGCUGCCAGGCCCAGACUGCCCAAUGCCACGGAGGGUCCAGGUACCAGGGGAGUGCUGUGAGAAGUGGGUGUGUGAGCCCCAAACUGAGGCCAGCGCACUGGGUGGCUUGGCGAUGGCUGCCUACCGUCAAGAGGAAACGGUGAGUUUCGAUGCCUGGGACCCCAGCCUGAAUUGCAUUGAGCAGACUACAGAGUGGGGUGCUUGCUCUCAAACCUGUGGCAUGGGUGUGUCCACCAGAGUAACUAAUAAGAAUCGUCGGUGUGAGAUGGUGAAGCAGAGCCGGCUCUGUAUGAUCCGGCCCUGUGAUGACCAGCAGGACCAGAUGCAGCUGGCACAGCGAAAACCAAAGAGAAGCAAUAAGUGCCAGAGGAUGGUGAAGAGUGUGAAGGCCGUCCACCUCUCCUAUAAGAACUGCACAAGCGUCCAGGUCUACAAGCCUCGCUACUGUGGUUCCUGUUCAGACAGCCGUUGCUGUACUCCCCACAACACCAAGACUGUGCUGGUAGAGUUCCAGUGUACCAAUGGUAAAACUAGCAAGAGGCCUGUCAUGGUGAUCCAGAGCUGUGCCUGCCACCACCACUGUCCCCGGGACAAUGCUGUCUGGCAGUCGUCAGGCCUGGGGUAUGGCGGCGCGAGGUUAUAG